AUGUCCAACUACGUCCCUGACGUCGAGAAGGAUCAUGCCGGCAGCGAUUCUGUCAAUGGCAAUAACACCAAAUAUGAUCUUCACCAUGACCAUCAUGACAGUGAUACUGCUCUGAGGAGGCUCCGAACUGCUGGAAGCAUUUCUAUCACACCGGAGCUCUUCGAGAAGAUUUACCUGUCUCCCAAAAAUCGUGUUUCUAACAACAUCCGUUCAACCGUUGGCAACCCCACACCUCUUGCUCUGGUCGGCUUUUUGCUCUCUUUGACUCCUCUUUCGAAUGUUUUACUGGGUUGGCAAGGCGCUGGAGGAUUUGGCGCUGCUGAAGUUGGCGUCUACUGGUUCUUUGGUGGCCUUCUCAUGGUUUUGGGCAGCCUAUUGGAGUUUAUCUUAGGCAACACAUUCCCAUUUGUGGUUUUCGGCUCUUUCGGCGCCUUCUGGCUCACCUUCGGAGCUACAUUGACUCCCUACUUCAAUGCGUCCAUAGCAUAUGCCCCUGACACUCCAGCAACAUCGUCAAAUGAUCCGGUCUUCGCCUCGACAUUCGCCUUCUUCCAUGUCUACAUGGCCGUCCUCUGCUUUAUCUACAUGAUUGUGUCUCUCCGAACAAACAUCAUCUUCUUCUUGAUCUUCUUGACGCUUGUCGCUGCGUUCGGUUGUCUUGCUGGUUUCUUUUUCUCCGUUGGUAACGGAGCCGCCAAUAUGGCUUUGCAACACGCUGCAGGAGGUCUUACAUUCGUCACUUGUUUACUGGGAUGGUAUCUGUUCUUUGUGCAACUUCUUGCUGCUGUCGACUUCCCUCUCAAUCUCCCAGUGGGUGACUUGAGCCGAUUCAUCAAGGGCGCCAGCGAACGAUCCAAGGCAGAGUAA